AUGUCGAUAACGCCAAACGGCCGUCGCGAAUGUUCGGUUUGCAACGAAGAAAAGAUAACCUAUCAGUGUAAAGGAUGUGCAAGAGACUUCUGUUACAAGCAUCUGAGUGAACAUCGGCAGAUUUUCAUCGAAGAGUUGGGCGUCGUGGAAAAUGACCGCGAUCAAUUUCGUGAGAUUCUUCUGGAACAAAAGGAAAACUUGCCAAACCAUCAAACCAUGCAAAAGAUCGCCAAGUGGGAAAGUGAAUCGAUCAAAAAGAUCAAACAAACUGCUGAUGACUGCCGGGAGAUAUUUAUGUUCGAAGCAUUGCAAUGUUACAACGAAAUCGAAAUGAAAUUGAAUAAAUUACAUAAUGAUAUAGUCGUUACUCGAGAAGAAAAUGAAUUUAACGAGAUUAUUUUAGAGCAGUUGAGAUUAAAGUUAACGAAAUUAAUCGAAGAACUUGCAAAAGCACCGAACGUUUCGCUUCAGCAAGAUUCCUCGACUUUCAUUCAACGAGUUUUCAUCAUCUCCUCAUCCACCGGAACGGAAAUUAUUCGUCAAGGUCAAAGCAAACUUUCACAAUCGACUUCUACCCAAGAAAGAAAAUCCGUCUCGGCGAAAUAUCUCACAAGCGGAAUCACAAUCUCCGGUGGAAAUGGCGAAGGAGCACGAACCAAUCAAUUAAGUGCACCCGAGGGCAUCUACCUUGACGAAGAUCUUAAUGUUUACAUAGCCGAUUGUGCAAAUCAUCGCAUUUUGAAAUGGAAAUACGGAGAAAAAGACGGACGAAUCAUUGCUGGUGGAAAUAAUAAAGGUGACCGACUGGAUCAACUAAACGAACCCACUUGUGUCGUGUUCGAUAAGAAAUCCAAUUCGAUAAUCAUUUCCGAUUGGGGAAACAAACGAAUUUUGAAAUGGUCGCUUGAUAAAGCAUCAUCACAAGGAAAAGUUCUACUAUCGGAUAUCAAAUCGUCUGGUCUUGCUUUAGAUAAUUUUGGUUAUCUUUUCGUGUCGGAUUGGAAGAAAAACGAAAUCCGCAAGUACAGAUUAAGCGAGGACAAACUUUCGGGCGAACAGGUCGUUGCUGGUGGCAAUGGCUCAGGCAGUAAUCUGAAUCAACUGACUCAUCCGACGUUUAUUUUCAUCGAUAAAACUUCAACUUUGUUUAUAUCCGAUCAAGGUAACCAUCGUAUUAUGAAAUGGAGUAAAGGAGCGAAAGAAGGUACGCUUGUUGGUGGCUUUCGUGGACAAGGAAAUCAAUUGACGCAAUUAUCUCGUCCACAGGAUAUAGCUACUGAUCAGUUUGGUUUUCUUUACGUUGCCGACUGCGAUAAUCAUCGAAUUAUCCGCUAUACGCCUAAUGAUAUGCAAGGCUCGAUUGUUAUUGGUGAAAAAGGGCAAGGCAAUCAACCCUUUCAAUUAAACUCGCCAGUUGGCUUAACUUUGGAUAAAGACAAUCAUCUUUAUGUGGUGGAUUCGCAAAAUCAUCGCAUACAAAAGUAUCAGCUCUCUCUUAAUUAG